CUCCACCUUCCUCUUCCCUUCCUUUUCUUCUUUCCUUUCCACUACCCCCCCCCCCCCACGCACCCAAAAAACCCCCCACCCUACCAAACAAAAGAAGGGAACUCCUCGUGAUUUGUGCUCAUUUUGAGUAAUCCAAAUAAUUUCUUCUCAGAAAAUUGCCACAAUUAAGUUGCUGGUGGAAUUGACUUUUCAGAUCAUUUUUGAGUAUUCCCUUUGAUACCAAGAUGGUUGCAGAAUCUUGGUUUCGCAAUUUCUGGAAAAAUUCUAAAAAGCUUGAACAUGGCGGUCAUCAAAAAGUGCUUGUUGGUGUUCUAGCAUUUGAAGUUGCAAGUUUAAUGUCUAAACUGGUUCAUGUAUGGCAAUCUCUGAGUGAUAAACAAGUGGCUCGAUUGAGGGAUGAGAUAAUGAACUCGGUUGGUAUAAAGAAGCUAAUUUCGGAUGAUGAUUCGUAUAUUGCAAGGAUGAUAUGUACCGAGUUGGUUGAAAACUUGGGACACGUAGCAAUUGCUGUUUCUAGGCUUGCGAAAAAAUGCAACGACCCGUUCUUGAAAAGUUUCGAGCAAGCCUUCAAUGAUUUGCUAAAAGUCGGUGCUGAUCCGUACGGUUGGCAACUUUCAUGGAAGAAGAUGGACAAGAAAGUGAAGAAAAUGGAACGGUUUAUUGUGGUAAAUGCGAAUUUGUAUCAAGAAAUGGAGAAUCUUUCUGAUCUUGAACAGACAUUGAGGAGAUUGAAAGGAAAUGAUGAUGCAGAUAGCAUUACUUUAGUUGAAUACGAGAAGAAGCUCGCGUGGAAGCAACAAGAAGUGAAGCAUCUUAAGGAUGUUUCAAUUUGGAAUCGGACUUAUGAUUAUACAGUCCGACUUUUGGCAAGAUCCCUUUUUACUAUAUUUAGUAGGAUAGGGCAUGUGUUUGGAGUCGAUCCCGUUGUGGAUGAGAGGGCUAAAGCAUCGAGAGAUUUAGAUUCCGAUCAUAUCCAUCGGAGCCACUCAGUUGCUGCUUAUGCCCAAUCAUCUGUUCACCCAUCUGAAAAUAGUCUAAGUAGAUUUUCCUCAGAACCAGUAGAAAACAUCCUUGCCAAAUCUGGGCCAAUUUCAAGCACAAGAAACAUGCAUAUUUCUUAUUCGGGUCCCCUAAAAAGUUCAGCUUCAACGGCCAGCCCGAUUCCCGGAAGACAUUCUUCGGCUGGCUUCUAUUCCGGUCCUCUGGGAAAGUCAACAACAAAAUCUGGGCCGCUCCCUUUGUUGAACAAAUCCGGCAUGAGGUGGUGGAAAUCUCGUGAUCGUUCAAAUCCCAAACAUGCUCGACCAACCUCUGUGGGACCGCUAAAAGGCUGCAUUAUGAUUGGGAACGUUUCUCCUGUGAGUAAUUGCCAUCUAGAUCCGCAAUACGGAUUUCACUCUGGUUUUCUCAGUGCAAUGAAAGGAGCUAAUAGUAUAGUAAAUGGCCUUUCCGAUGGCUAUUCUACUUGCUCUUAUCUGACAAGUUAUAAUGCGAAAAAAAGGUUGUUAAACGCUCCUCCAGAAACUCUCGCGGCUGCUGCCUUAGCAUUGCAUUAUUCAAAUGUCAUUAUCGUAAUUGAGAAACUCGUAGCAUCUCCUCACUUGAUCGGACACGAUGCAAGAGAAGACCUAUACAACAUGUUACCGGCUAGUUUAAGAGGAGCCCUCAGGGCGAAAUUAAAGCCGUUUGCUAAGAACUUAACGUCAUCGGUUUACGACACGGUUCUUGCUGGAGAAUGGAAUGAAGCAAUGUUGGGGAUACUAGAAUGGCUCGCUCCGCUUGCUCAUAACAUGAUAAGAUGGCAAUCUGAACGGAGUUUCGAGCAUCAGAAUUUCGUGUCCAGAACGAAUGUGCUGCUCGUACAAACCCUCUAUUAUGCAAAUCAAGAAAAGACGGAAUCAGCAAUUACGGAGCUGCUCGUCGGGCUAAACUACAUAUGGAGGUAUGGAAGGGAAGUGAAUGCAAAAGCAAUAGAGGAAUGUGCAAGUGCUAGAAUGAUGUUUAAUGAUGAUUACUUGGAUGAAUGAAGGGAUUUUGGUCCUUAGCCAGGUUUCUCAGGUGUUGCUGAUUCAAGCUACUCAGUGAUCGGAUUCCAUGAGAUUCUUUUGUUCGUUAAAAGGCGACGAAUACUCUGCAGGAAUGUAACUUAAAGCUUCUAUAAACAUAUUCUUUCAGGUCAGUAAGUGAUGACCAUUUUCCUAUUUGGCCAGGAAAAACUUGGUGUCUCAUUUGAUGAAUCAGAGUCCACGCUAUAAAAUUCAAUAUCUAGUUAUUUGAUAAAUGUAUAGAAUUAGCUGAGCUUGUUUUUCUAGCUUUGUAAAUUUACAUAACAGAGCUUUCCUUUAGCAUAUAAGAUAAUGAAGGUUUGGCGCAGUUUGUUCUUGAUGAA